CGAACCAUAAGUGACAGGGGGCGGGCAUAAUGUUCUUGUGCUUUGGAACAACGGGAUAGAAACAGGAAGCGAGAAUGGAAGAGACCCAGCGACUGCAGUCAGAUGAAGAGGAGGAAAUUUUACCUCUUGAUAGAGAAAGACCUGUUGGUACUCUGCGUAUGUUCAGUGGUACCUAUGGACCAGCACAAGAUUUCCCAAUCUACUGGGGACAGAAUACCAUUGGUCGUGAGGCCAAAUGUGAUGUAACCCUGCCUGCUCAGUCUGUGUCCAAGAAACACGCCGUGUUGGAAGUCCAACCUGGUUGCCACAUCCUGUAUGACCUUGGGAGCCUCAACAAGACCCGAAAAUGCAAGGUAGCCCUUACUCCACAUGUACGAUAUGCCCUGACUGACGGAGAGCUCCUGCUGUUUGCUGAUGUUGCAUGCCAAUAUAAGAUCGAAGCGGUGCCAGAAAAUAAAAAGGGACAGGUAACAGAGGAGGAAACAGAUGAUGACUCUUUUUUGGUGCCUGGUACUCAGAAUACCUUAGCAGUGGAGAGGACACCAGCUGCAGUCAUACGCAGAAUGGGCAUUGGACGUGUCCUGGCAAGAGACUCAGGAGAGGAGGACGAGGGUGAGGAAGAGGUCCAAAAGAAAAGUUUGAAUAAAGGAGAGGGAGGCUUUUCCAGAGGUGGUCUCAAAAUCUCACCAACAGACACCCAUUUUUCUCGUCUCUCAGCAACUUUUGUACCAGACAGUGAUGAGGAAAAUGACACCUUGACCUAUGAACAUCAAUUUCCAUCAAUUAACCUACGUUGUGACAGUGACACAGAUACCCACGAGACGCCCACAAGACUUGGCUCUGAUCUAGUUCCUUCACAGGACUAUGUCACUUCUCCAACCUUCAUAAGCAAGAAGACACAGUUGACAAGAGAUACAUCUGUAUCAUGUGAAGCAGGAAGCAAGAAGUCCGAAUCCACAGAUAUUAAGGAGAAAAUUAUAUGUGAGCGGACUGAUGUUGAAAACAUGCAGGAGGAUAAGCCUAGCAAGAAAAAUAUAGACUCAACUUCCCUUAAUAGCAGUACAAUAGUUGGUAAUCAGGCAAAAGAUGCUGAAAAAAAGCAAGAAAAGGGGGAAAUAGAUUUGGACAGUGACAACGAUAUGGAUAGUGAUACAGAAACUGUACAGUCAGACGUGACUAAGAAAAAAACAGAUGUAGUUACGGAUAGGGACACUGAUGUGAAGAAAGAUAUCGCCACAAGUGUACAAAAAGAUGUGGAAAUUGCUUCUGUUGAUCAUGACAGUAAUAGAGAUGUGGAGGAAGCCGAAGCCUCAAAAAUGAAUAGGAAGAAACCACAUUUGGAUGCUUUUAACUUGGAUAGUGACACCGAUAUUGAAGAUGAGGAAGCCCCUUUAAAUUUUGAUGUGGAGAAAAGAGAGCUGAAAAUGUCAUUGGACAACAAUACAAAUAAGGAAGACCUUACCAGGUUCCUAACAGCUGUAAAAACAAAGGAAACAUCUUUAGUUUUUACUGACAGUAAUAAAGCUUUGGAUCAGGCAGAUGGCAACAACUCAAAGGCAAAUAUGGAAAAGAUCCUUUCAGUUGGCCUAGAAAGUGGUACAGAUGUUUUGCAGUCCAAUAUGAAGAAAAGGCAAACCGAUAAAGUCAUACUUGACAGUGAUACAGAUGGGCAAGAGGACAUUGCUAAGAACGUGGAGAUUGGUCUGGAUAGUGAUGUGGAGGAUCAGGCUAAGGUAUCAGAAACAGAUGAGAAUAAGGAUAUUCCUGACAUACAGCUGGACAGUGAUACAGAUGUCCAGUCUGAUAUAAAGAAAAGACAAAUGGAUAAAAUCAUGCUUGACAGUGAUACAGAUGGGCAAGAGGACAUUGCUAAGAACGUGGAGAUUGGUCUGGAUAGUGAUGUGGAGGAUCAGGCUAAGGUAUCAGAAACGGAUGAGAAUAAGGAUAUUCCUGACAUACAGCUGGACAGUGAUACAGAUGUGGAGGACGACAACACUAAGAGCUCGAUGAGCAAAAAAACGGAGAUCCCCCUGGAUAGUGAUACAGAUGCUGAGGAUGAUGUAGAAGUAUCUGAAACGGGCGAGAAGAAUGUUCCUGGGAUAGAGCUUGACAGUGAUACAGAUGUGGAGGAAGACAACACUAAGAGCUUGAUGAGCAAUAAAACGGAGACCGUCGUGGAUAGUGAUACAGAUGCUGAGAAUGAUGCUGAAGUAUCUGAAACAGGCGAGAAGAAGAAUGUUCCUGGGAUAGAACUUGACAGUGAUACAGAUUUGGAGGAGAGCAUUAUGAGGACUCCGGUAAAGACCACAGACAAUAAAGAGGCAUCAGGGAUUAAUCUUGACAGUGAUACAGAUGUGGAAGAAGAAACAAAAGCUUCUGCGAUUAACAUAGACCCCAAUACAGAGGUGGAGGAAGGUGCUGAUAACAAUUUGAAGACGGAACCAACUGUAUAUCACCUGGACAGCGAAACUGAUGUUGAAGAUGACCCUGAGGUCUUAAAUACAGAUUUACAGAAAGGGAGGCAUGCAGACAGUGGUAACAUUUUACAAGGAGAUGAUAAAGCCACAACAGCAGAUAUGGAGGAAAAUGGAACUACCACAGUCCAUGUGGACAGUGAUAAAGACGUAGAGGAAGACAGCAUUCAAAAACCGGCAACAUCAAAGUUGGAUGAGGAAAAGAUGGAGUCAACUGAAAUUCUUUUGAGCAAAGAGAACAUAAGAAGAACUUCAAAGGUGGCCGAAAACAUUGAUGUUGCUAUUGAUAGCGAUACAGACGUUGAAGAGGAUACUUUAGCCAUAGAAACAAAUGUGAUGAAGAAAGGUGUCUCUACAAAUGCCCCAGGAACCGAGGAAGCAGAUUCAUCUUGCAAGGACAGUAUCAGUGAUCAUGAAACUCCAAAACAGGAAGCAACCGAGAUUUUUGCAGGAGAAGUAGAGGAGACACAAAUAACUGACUCUGAAGAACUUGAUAUGGUGGCAACUCAGUGUUACCUGGAUCCACAGGAGAAAGAGACUGAAACUCCAGAAGACGAUAACUGUGCAGAAGAUGCCACGCAAGCCUAUAUUUUCAGUUCUACAUGGAAUGACCCAGAUCCGUUUAAGCGUCCAGCUGAUCCUAUUGGAGUAUUGCAGAUCUCAGCUGUCACAAUGAAUACAUCAGAGGAAGAGGUAGAUGACGAUGCUAUAGCUGAGACUCAGCCUUUUUGCUUUGAGACAACCCAGACAGCAGUGGAGAGUGUUAAACCUGUGGUACAGACUGAUAAAGAGACAGAACAGGAGGCAACCGAGCGAAGUCUUGUGGUUGAGACACUUGCUGGACCUGUCUCACAAGAUAGUGCACAAGCUGUUGUUCUUAGUGAGGCAUUGCAAGAUGACACCGAGCCUAUCUCUCAACAUUUAGCCACAAAUGUCCCAGUGGAAAAAAGUGCCUGGCAGCCUUUCAAAAGAGAUGGACCUUUCUCUGUGUGGGCAAAGAGUGCUUCCUAUGAAAGACAGAGUGCUGUGGAGAAAAGAGAAAGUGCCGUAGAGGAAGAGGCCACUCAGCAGUAUUCCUCGACUAGCCCAGCUACUGAUUUGGAUGCCACCCAAGAUUAUUGCUUGAAUAUGGGCAAAGGAGGUAAUGCCAUCGAGGGUGAUAAUGAAGAAGAUGCAACUCCACUUGGUAAUGUUGUGUCUUCUAUGGAAGGAUGUGAUAUUCAGUCACAGGACCAGAAAGUGCCAGCUGCAGAGAGAGUUAUAGCAGAGACAUGCAGUUUGCCAGCCACAGAAGGAGAUGCCAUGCAGCUGAGCUUGUCAGUCACGGUGAAAGAGUGCAAACAACAUAGUGAGCAAGCCACCGAUGGAGAUGCAACGCAGCCGAGUGUGUCAUCAGUAGAGAUUGAUGCUACCCAGCUGUUUACCCUAGAUAUGCCAGCCAUGGAGGAGAAUGACAAGGAGUUGCAUAUGUCUCCCACAGAGAAAAAUGCCAUACAGCCUUGUAUUCUGAGUGCGCCAGCCUCAAUGAGUGAUGUCGAACAGCCUUGUAGCCAGAAUGUGUCAACCAAUGUGGAAGUAGAGAAUGAGGAACAGACAAAAGAAAUGUCAGCAAAAUCUGUUUCUCCGUUAAAAGAGCAGGACCAAGAAGUACCCGGGAGAAUUGAAAAGACUGAAGAAGAGAGAGUUCUUAAAGGAGUAAAUCGAAGAGGGAAACGAACAAAAGGGAUGGGAGAAGAAGAGAAUAAACUGAUGGAAGAACAGAACAUUAGUUCAGUCUCAGAGAAAAAGAGAAGCAAGAUGGCUGUAGAGGCCAUACCAUCAACUUCCGGAGUUAUUAAGGAAAACACAAAGGAAAAAGUGACUAGGAAGAGUGGGGCUCGAAAAACUGCAAGAACAGCAGAUUCAGAACAAUCUGGAGCAAGUCCUGCUCCUGAGGAAAUGUCAGUAAGCUCCGCCCGUGAGGAGCAAAAACUUAUGCCUUCAAAUAAGAAAACUGAAAUUGGGACCGUGGAAAUAGCUUUGGAAAUGAAUGAAAGUAACAAUAAAGGAGGGGAUAAGGGUGAUGUAUGUUCCACAUUCAAGGACUCGGAAGAGCACCUUGAUGGUAGUGUAUGCAAAGAUGUUACUGAAAUUAAAGAAUGUGAAGAAAUACUUGGUAGUUCCACCAAGGAACAAAAACAUUCUAACAUAAAAAGUAGAAUUGGUAGAGCACCAAAACGAGAAGCAGAAAAUAAUGAACAAGAAGAGGGGGAAGAUGACCAACAAAGUACUACAAAUAGAACUAAUGAUGCACAGAUUAGUAGGCGUAGCUUGAGAGGGCAUCAAGAAGAAAAGCAAGAUAAAAAAAUGCCUUUUAGACGAUCAGGGUUGAGAGGUAGUGGAAAGGAGGAAGCAGCAAUUUCUAGUAAGACAGAAGGAGAGCCUUUGAAAAAGAAGAGUGUGACAAGAAAAUCACAGCUUGUGACUGAGACACCUGAGGAGGAUAUUGUGGGUUUGUCUGAGCCGAUGACACAAAAUGAAGAUGUGCCAGGUGUCCCUUUAACUGGCACAAGGUCAAGAAGGGAAAUAUCUAAAGGAACGAAUAAGAAAGUGGAAGAGGAUGAGGGGACUCAGAAGAAUGAGAGAGUGGAAUCAACUGAAAAGCAGACCCUGAAAAGAAGGAAGAAUACAAGAGAAGAAAAAAAAGAACAGGAGGACCACAAAAAGUUAGAAGUCCCAGUUACUAAAUCGAUCGCAAGAAGAGGAAGAUCGAAUUUGAAAGAUGAAGAGAAGGGAAUAAUAGAGCAAAAUACUAAAAGUGUUGAAAUGUUGGAGGAGGAGCCAGUAAGGAAAUCAGGUAGGACACAGAAACAUUUGCACGACCAACAAGGAAGGAAAGAAGAAGGAAGCAUCAAUAUAGCUGACGGAUAUUCUGAGAAACAAGAAGGGGACAGUGUUAAAAAGUCAGAAAUUGAAGAUCCAGGCAAAACGAUCAAAAGAACCAGAAGUAAUUCAAGAGAGGGCAUGGAAGCAGAUAGAGAAAAGACAGUAAAAACACAGAUAUCUCAAAGAACAAGAAAAAAUUCUAGAGAGGGGGUGGAAAAUAAAGAACAAGAUGAGAAAGAAACUAAAAAACAAGAAGUGGAAGAGGUUGAAAACUCAGAGGAGUUGAAAGACCCAAUCAGAAAGUCAAGAAGGACAAGGACAAAUUCCAGGGAGGAUAAGGGGGAAAUGGAAAAUCCAGGUAUAAUACCAAGCUCAAGAAGAACAAGGAGGAAUUCCAAAGAGGAAAAACAAAAGGCAACACAAGAGAAUGAUGGAACAGAAAAAAUGGAGACAGUAGAUCCCAUCAAAAACGUUUCUAAGAGGGUUAGGAAAAAUUCAAAGAAUGAGGACAAUACUGAACAAGAGAAAAAUGAGAGUGUUGCAAAAAAACAAAUUGGAAAGACUACGAAUAGAUUAAAAGACCAUGAUACUGCACAAGUAGAGGAAGAGCUAGAAAAGACACAAAGUAAAGAUGACACAAAUGUUUCAAAAUCCAAAAGACUGAGAAGCAAGAAGCCUUCUGAAAAUGAAAAGAAGGAAUCCUCUGAAUCAGAAGAGUUAUCUUUAACUGUAGAACAACCAAGAGCAGGCAGAAGCACACAACAAGCUGUCAAAGAAGCUUCCACUCCAGUUCCACCACGGAAAAGGGGGCGAUGUUCUAAGGAUGAAGAAGAGGAAGUCAAAAAGAAGAAAACAAGUGGGGACACAAACCAAGAAGCAGAUAAAGAGAAAACACCAAUUGUGGGAAGAAGAAACCAAAGAAAUAGAUUAGUAGCAAAUGAACCUGAGACUGACGGCAUUAACACACAGAUGUCUUUGUCUCCAGCUCCCUCCCCCACAAGCAGUGUUCGAUCCAGGUCAAGGGCCACUUCGAACAGCCCCUCUGAGACAACGACCCCAAGACGCACAAACCGCUCUGUCAGUGCUACUAGUCUCUACUCUAAAAACGUUUCCACUCCCAAGGUUUUAUUUACAGGUGUGGUGGACUCAGCUGCCGAAGUUAUAAUCCGCUCUCUAGGAGGGGACGUUGCAGAAUCUGUUUCUGACUGCACCCACCUUGUCACCGACCGUGUGAUACGCACAGUGAAAUUUCUCUGCGCCCUUGCCAGAGGUAUCCCUAUCAUCACACUGGACUGGAUUUACAAGUGUAAGAAAAGCAGCUGUUUUUUAUCCCACAAUGGAUUUCUGGUGAAAGAUAAAGUGCAGGAGAAAAACUUCAACUUCAAUUUGUCAGAAUCUCUUCAAAAAGCCAAGAAGAAGCCACUUUUUGAGGGCUAUGAAAUUCAUGUUACGCCUAAUGUCAAACCAGAGCCGGAGCAAAUGAAAGAAAUUAUUCAAUGCAGUGGGGCAACUUACCUGCCUAAAAUGCCCCGUUCAUUCAAGGAAAAGUGUGUAAUUGUCUCCUGCGCAGAAGAUCUUGCUAAAUGCAAAGUAGCCCCAGCUACUGUCCCGGUGACCACAGCCGAGUUUAUCCUUAGCGGCAUCCUGCGGCAAGAGGCUGAUCCGUCUGCCUAUCUGUUGAGCGCUGCAGAAAAGGAAGCCGCACCCAUCCCAGCUAAACGGCGACGCUGAUUAUCUGCUGCAUAACUUCAUCCGUUUUAUAAAUUUUCCGUUCAUUAGUCUCAAGUGUCCUUUAUCAACGUCUUGCUCCUCUUUGUCGCCCUACAGGUCCUUUAUCCAUAACAGUAGAUUAUGCUUUAUGUGCGUCUGUAAAUACUUUAUAAUAACGAUCAUUAUGUACAGAUAUGUAGCAUUAUUAGGGACUGCAGCGUGGCAAUUUGUAUAUAUCCUUAUACAGAGCUGUCUCUUCAUUCUCGCCAUAUAGACACUUCCUAUAAUUAAUGUAUACAAAGCUACUAUCAUAUAAUCAGAAUCAUAUAUAACAAUGUAAUGUUCUCAUAAUUAAUGUUUAAUAUGAUUUUACAAUAGUGUUUUUUGUAUAUAGCUUGUACAUAAUAAACAUGCAGUAUUUUUCUUUGA